AUGGAGCCAAACUUCAGCUUGCUUUCUCAACCAUCCCGGGCCUGCUCAUACCUGGCAGAACCUUGUACCAAAGAUGGAAGAAGCCCGUCCCCCAGAGAACAGGGCAGAGACUCCCCAUUUCCCUGGAGCCAGGUCCCCAGCUCCAGCCUCGCUGACCCCGACUGGUUUUGGGAUGAGCACAUCCAGGCAAAGAGGGCCAGAGUAGAGACCAUCGUCCGAGGCAUGUGCCUCUCCCCUAACCCUCCGUUGCCAGGCGAUGCCCCAGCCAGGGACAGCCCGUGCUGCCCAGAGAAGGCCCGGGAGCGGAAGAGGAACCUUCCCGUGCAGCAAGGCCCCCUGAAGCCAGGCCAUACCGGGGACCGGGGAAGCAGGAAGGGGGGCCCUCGGGUGAGAGAACAGCUUCACCUGCUGAAGCAACAGCUAAAACACCUGCAGGAGCACAUCCUGCAGGCUGCCGAGCCCAAGGCCACAGCUCAGGGCCCGGGAGGCUCAGAGACAGGGAAGGACCCUCUGAGUGUAAAGCAGAGGAAUGGCUCUGGGUCUAGGUCCUGGGCUGUGUACAGUGACCACCACCAGGGUUCCAGCGGGGACCUCUCCAGGGUGGCGGAACGCGGAGUGUCUGAGGUCAGACACCAGUCUGAGGAACCCAGGUUCCUUCCUUCUGGAGCACGAGCUUUGCUGGAGAUUCUGAAGAAAGAAUUGACGGGGGCCAUAUCCCAGGCUGUGGACUCAGUAUUACAGAAGGUGCUAUUGGAUCCAUCAGGCCACCUGACUCACCUGGGCAGAAGCUUCCCGGGGCUGUUGCCAGACGGUAGAAGCGAGCCCUCGCCUCCUGAGGGAGGGGCCUGUAAAGAUCCACUUCCUCCGGCUGCCUUGCCCAGGAGGGCCCAGCCACAGACAGGGGCUCCGCUGGGCAACUUAUCUCUGGCCAAGCCUCUAGAUUCUCCCAGGUACCCUGUCUCUCCGAGAAUGAUCCCCAAACCCUAUCAGGGUCCCCCAGCAAACCGUCCCUUGACUGUGCCUGUCCACAUCCAGGAAGAUCAGAUUCUCAGCCAGCUACUGGGCCAUAGGCCCAGCGGCCACUGGAGGGGCAAUCUUCCGCAAGACUCAUCCCCCCCGAGUCCCCCCUCCUCAGAGGCGGGCCUGCGACCUUGGGGGGCUGUCAAACUGCGACCACUGGCUUUGAGCCAGCAACAGUGCCCCUGGCUCUUCAAGUCCACCUGUUUGGAAAGACUGCCCCUCGUUCCCUCAGUGAAAAUGGAGCAAGGUGGCCUGCAGGCUGUCACGGACGCACUUCCUUUCUCUUCAGCCCAAAUCCAGGAGGGCCUCAACCCUGGUCACUUGAAGAAGGCCAAACUAAUGUUUUUCUUCACACGCUAUCCCAGUUCCAACCUCCUGAAGGCUUAUUUUCCUGAUGUUCAGUUCAACCGCUGCAUUACCUCCCAGAUGAUCAAGUGGUUCAGCAACUUUCGUGAGUUUUAUUAUAUCCAAAUGGAGAAAUUUGCCCGGCAAGCAAUUUCAGAUGGUGUCACAAAUCCCAAAGUGCUGGUGGUUCUCCGCAACUCAGAGCUUUUUCGAGCUCUCAAUAUGCACUAUAACAAGGGAAACGACUUUGAGGUCCCAGAUUGCUUCUUGGAAAUCGCCAGCUUGACAUUACAGGAGUUCUUCAGGGCUGUCUCCGCAGGCAAAGACUCAGAUCCUUCCUGGAAGAAACCCAUUUACAAAAUUAUUUCGAAACUGGACAGUGACAUCCCAGAGAUAUUCAAAUCUUCCAGCUAUCCCCAGGAGCUGUUUCGGAAUUAAGGUCCCACAAAGUGAGGAGCGACUGGCCUGGGUUUCCUGGGCUUAUCUUAAAUGGCAGCCAGUACAGCUGUAGUCACAUAAAAAGAGUAUAAGGGGAACCCCUCAAAUAGGUACCAUUACCAUUUUUGAUCAUUUAUUUCCUUCUCCAGAAUUACCAGAGGUUUAACAUUAACUAUAUAAUAUUGUAAAAGGAACACAACAGUUUGGAACCAGAAGAAUCUCCACGCCACUGUUUCCAGGUAUCGUGACCCUGGGAACUUGCAGAUGUCUCUGCAUCUGUAACAUGAGGUUGUAAGGAUAAAAAGACAUGUCCUAAAGUGCUCUGUGCAAUGUUUCUCACUACACAAAUGUCAUUUUUUUUCUCCUUCCUCUUUCAGAUAAGGCUAUCUUAUUUGGGGUUUUUAUAAAUUGCUGUUUUGAGUUACCUAUUUAUCAAGCUCCACUUAUUUGCAAGACACUUUCAAAUACAUUAUCUUUAAGCUUUUUACCCUGAAACAUUUUUAAAACAACCCAACAGAAGUUUUAGAACUGUAAGAUAAGUCGCCAAAGGCUGUGAGGCUAGGGCAUUUGGGUUGGUAGGGGCAGUCAGGAGUGGGAGGACCCCAUGGCCUUCUGAUGCCAGGUGGCAUGUGGGCCACCUCAUGCUGCCGCCCAUGCUCUCACACAGGCCACCAUCCCCGGUGAGCAUCCAGCACUGAUGCGGCACUAUCUUCUGACAACCCCUGCCUGGCACUUAGGAGUGCUUCAUCACCCGGAUGUCCACUGAUCGUUCCAGCAAAGCCGACACAAACUUUCUGCAGGACCUGAGUGUUGCUGUACAUUCACAUUUAUCUGCUGGAAGAGUUUAUCAGCUGAAUAACCCCAACAGUCUCUAGGUGACCAAUGCAAUUAAUGCCCCAACUUCCUAUGUGCAGAAGAAACUGAACUUCAGACCAUGAAAGCCAGAAGGGCCUUAGGGGCUCAUCUGGCCUACCCUGCUUAAAAGAGGAAGGAGGAAACUGAAGCCCAGAUGCGAGGCUUUGCACAGACUAUGGAUGGCUUAAAUGGGACAAAUACAGCAUCACACAGAAAUGGAAAUUCUCCUGCUCCAUAAGGACAUUACAGCCCAUGGUCAAUCUUUCACAGAUAAAGGAAUUCAUGAAAUCAACAUUUCUUUCACCUACUGCUCCAACACAAAUUGUGACUUGCUCUGAGCAUAUAGGCAAGACAUCUGCAAAGCUGAGUAACUGUAUCUAGCUUCCCAGCUAGUCAGAAUCAAGUCUUUGAAAGCAUGCCAAAGGUGUGC